GAUAGAGAAACGAUAGCAACAAACCGAUGCACACCGUCUUGUUGCCGGCUCUAGACUGACUAGGAUCCGGGAGGACGAACAGCGUUAAAGAUGCAAAGACGGAGCCACGCGUUUCGUUGGCGCGCGAAUCGAUCGGGCUACCUCCUACAACCGGUUCCAGCCGAUCACCGGUUUCUCUGGCGGCGUUAUUAUAAAUCCGGUGCGGUUGAUGCGCGCCAGUAUCACCGCAUUGGAAGUGCGGCGGCGAUAGCCGGCCAACGGGGACGCGUCGCGCACACAUCGACACGUCGCUGAGGAAAGGAGGCAAUCGCGACGUGCUCGCGGGUUUCGGUCGUCUUUUCAACCUCGACUGGCUGGGUAGAUUUGGCAACGUUGCGGCAUAGCAGCGGCAUAGAUUCCGCUCCGCAACCGCAACCGCACGCCAGCCUAGCGCCAUGAUGCCAAACCAAGCCAGCCGUACAACGGUUUCUCCGCAGUGACGCGCAAGCUGCCGGCGACGGCGUAGCAUACACAAGCCGAAUCGCUUGCGGGAUCAUAACGUUCCGUCCAAGAAAUUCUUUUCCAAUUUCUUUUUCCUCGGGUCCUCGCGCGUCUCCCCUCGAUUUUCGACGUCGACCGGCGCACGAGUAUUCACGCGCGACGUAAACCUCUUCGUUCGGGCUCAUUGAUCGUGCGACCGUGGCACACGCUCGGCUUAAUCUGAAUCGAUACACGUAUAUCUUGCUCGUUCGGCAACUGAAACACGAUCGACUCUCUCGUCGAGCCGUGUCAUCCCCCUUUUGUAAUCGGUAUCGUCAAGUACCGGUCAAUUUCUCUUCUUUGUCGCAUGAUUACGUUCCUUUCUCUCCUCUCUUUUGUUGCGGCCAAUUGGAAGUAAUUGAACGACAAAAAGAAGAGAAAGGCUAAAGGAUAAAGAACGGAAAUUCUCGAGGGUGAUUCUGACCUUGGCGCGACGAGCAUGUUCGAUACGGAGAAAUUUAUCGAGGAGAUCGAGAAACGGCCGGCGAUUUACGAUGUGAAUCGCAGCGAGUACAACGACCGUAAUGCCAAGAUGACCGCGUGGGACGAGGUCUGCCAGGUGAUGGUACCGAAUUGGGCGCGCUUGACGGACGAGGAGAGAAACGUAGAAGAGAAAAAUUUACGGGGAAAAUGGAGAAAUAUCCGUGACUAUUUCAUGAAAGAGCUGAAGCUUCAGAAAUCCCAGAAAUUGGGGCCAGCUGGUCGGAAGCGUAAGAAAUACAUGUAUUUCGAUCAGUUGUUGUUUCUCAUGCCAACGGUGGAGAACAAACGGAAUGCCGGCACUACGUUAAGUAAUUGCAAAUCUGAGGAAAGCGAGGGCGAAAUGGACAAUCCGGUAAUCGAAGAAUACGAUGUACCAUUGGCCCACGCUGCUCCUUCCAUUGCGACCGGCAGGGAAUAUCUUCAACCGAGCGCAUCCUAUAAAAUGUGCCCCCGUUAUCCAAAGCAGCUUUGCGAGACGUCGUUCACGUCCUUCGAUAAUGAAAUUCACGAUAUCUUGUCGUCGCACAGUAGCCAACGCGUCGCUUACGACGAGGAUGACUACGAUAAAAUGUUUCUGCUCUCCUUAUUGCCGAUCAUUCGACAAGUACCAGAGGAGAAGAAACUCGACGUCCGGAUACAGAUGCAACAAGUCUUGGCCCUAGCGCUUCGUCCUCCGGACAGCAUGCAAUGAUAAUUACAAUGAUUCGACGAUUUAUUAAUCAAAGCGCUAUGAAACAGAUCACGUGAGUAUACUAGUCCACGCGGAAAAAAAUUGUGCCUCUUGUUAUCGUUGCUAAUUAUCGUUAGCGACGAUAAUUAAAAAGGGAAUCGAUCUAAUAUCACGGAUAGGAUAUUUUUGAACUUUGGAACUGUAGCAUUAUGGAGUCACGAUAGAUUGCACUUUGAUUGUGUUCGUUCUAAUGAUGACUGAUAACAUGGUAGAUGGUAGAUCGUGUCGUAAAUGUAACGAAACUGCGAUAAUAUCCGAGAACGUAGGCCUUUAUGAAAGAAUCAUGACUUAACCGAUUACCUAUGACUUCGAGUACCUAUAUCUGUGAUAUUACCCCGAGAAAAACUACUUUUGACAAUUGCAAAAACGAAAAUAGAAUCUAUAGCGCUUCCUACUCUAGUAUAGGAAGCAUGAUAUAGUUGUUUUUUUCCUUUUUCUUUUUUUUUUACAUAGAACUAUGAUAUAAUAUGUAUUUUCGUAACUUGAAAUAACGAUGUAUCAUCGAUACUUAUCCAACGUGGAUGAAUGUGUGGAUGUGUUGCGCGAGAUUAUUAUAACGAAUAAAUAUGCGA